GGGAGGGCGGAGCGGCCGCAGACUGCGGGAGCAGCAUGUGGACGCUCGGGCGCCGCGCUGCUGCCGGCCUCCUGCCCCGCCCGGCGCCCCGGGGCUCAGCCCGGGCCGGCGCGGGGGCUCCAGGGCCAACGAGGGACGCUCCGCUCUAUGGCCGCCGGGGUCUGCGAGCCCCGACGGCGGCAAGCCGAGGCACUCUUCCAGCGAGUUUGAGCGUCCACCACCUCAAUCAGAUUUUGAAUGUCAAAAAGCAGAGCGUCUGUGUGAUGAACUUGAGGACAGCGGGAACUCUGGGCGGCCCUGGCUCUCUGGAUGAGACCACCUAUGAAAGACUGGCCGAGGAGACACUGGACUCCUUAGCAGAGUUUUUUGAAGACCUCGCGGACAAACCUUACACACUGGAAGACUAUGAUGUCUCGUUUGGGAGUGGCGUUUUAACAGUUAAACUGGGUGGAGAUCUAGGAACCUACGUGAUCAACAAACAGACCCCUAACAAGCAGAUCUGGUUGUCUUCACCAUCCAGCGGGCCGAAGCGCUACGACUGGACGGGGGAGAGCUGGGUGUACGCGCACGACGGCGUGUCCCUGCACGAGCUGCUGGCCGCCGAGCUGACGAGAGCCUUGAAGACCGAACUGGACUUGUCUCCUCUGGCCUAUUCCGGGAAGGGCACCUGACGCCCAGCCCAGUUCCAAGGACGUUCGAUGCUAUGAAGGCAAGACCCCAGCUCCGGCCUGCUGCUGAGCACCUGGUGUGUUUCCAGCCCCGCCUCUGAGGGACCCCUGCGCAGCGGGUCACCCGCGGUGGAAAGAAUGCGUGGCCUCCCACCCUCCCCCAAGUUCGGAUUGUAAUUUACGUAGUUUGUGUGUGUGUGUGUGUGUGUGUGUGUGUGUGUGUGU